UCAGAUGUCUGGGUGAAGGAGGAGGAGGAGGAGUUGUGGUGUCGGUCUGCAACUCAGAUCAGAUUUUCACACAAAAGCCUGAAGCUGCCGAGAGAGACGACUGACCGACUGUCCGUCCGUCCGUCUGUGAGAGUGUGUUUGGACAAACUGAUGCUGGAGUGAAAGAAUAAAACUCCUCUGAGGGAGGAAACGUGAAGCAGCAGCCGGAGGAGGAAUGAGGGGAAAGUUGAAGGAAGAGUGAAGCAGCGUCUGUGUGGGAGCUGAGUCGGCACAUUCUGGAUUCUUCAGGAGGAAGAAACGUUUGAUUUAAUCAGAAAACACAUCAAGUUAUUCUUCACAGUUUGCUUGUGUCUGAUCUGAUCUCAGAGCAGUUUGAUCGACAGGAAGCUGCAGCUGAUCUGAGCAAAGAGUUUAUUGUUAAAUCUCUUCAGUUGGAUUCUUCUGACUGAUCUGAUGGAGUGAGGGAUCCUCUGAGAGGACGAGGAGAUGGAGACGAGAGGAUUUCUAAGUUUUCUGAAAGAGUGAGAGGAAGAGGAGAAGAGAGGAGGAUGGGAGAAAGAGGGGGAGGAUGAAGGAGGGGAGACGCUGACCUCCACAUGACCUCCAUUGGAGAGCAAACAGAUGGAGUUCUGCUGAAACAGACUUUAUUUGAUGUGAUGAACUCUCUGAGGACUCGACUGUACAAACAGGAAGUGACUGAUUCAGACAGAGACCUUCAGAUUAAAUGUCUCAUUUCACAAAGUGUCAGUGAAACAUGAACUAAACACACAGACUGACCUCUGACCUGCGGACAGGACCCUCGUACCUGUGCGGGAGUCGGCAUGCAGCUGAACCGGCCUCGCAGCGCCCUGCUCGGGUUCAGCCUCCCUCCUCCUCCCCCUCCUCCUCCUCCGCCUCCUCCUCCCUCCUUCUCCAGUCAGUUCAGCACCAUGAGGUUCUCCUACCACCUGAACACCUCAACAGCACCUCCCCACAACAGCGCCACCCGCAGGACAGGUCCCUCCUCCUCCUCCAGUCCCAGUUUGCUGACUAAGAGUCUCUCUUUGGAGCCAUCCUGUUCUCCGUGCGGCCACCAGGGGGCACUGGACGCUGACGCUCCCCAGCUGCUGAGCUCCGACCCAGGGCCCAGCUCCUCGUCAUCAGGCCCCGCCUCUUUGGAGGGAGGGGCGGAGCUAACAGAGCGCCGUGGCUCUGCUAACGGGCUGCUGCUGGUCAAUGACACGGGGCCGCCGGAGCUGCCGGCUGCCACGGUAACACCACCGAGCAAGAGCAGAGCGCCGCUGCCUGGACCCAAACCUCAGGUCCCCCCAAAGCCCCCCCACCUCCAGCAGCAAGCCGGGCUGUCAAGGCCACGCCCCCGGGCUCCAGACAAGCCCCUCCCCCCUCCCCCGCCAUGCAGACCCCUCCCUGCAGACCCACGGGGGGGCCGGACUCCGCCUAGCCGUGGCGAUGGCACCGCAUCCCCCACCUGCGUCCUGUCACUCAUCGAGAAAUUUGAGCGCGAGCAGAUCAUCGUGGUUCCUGACAUCACCGGGGGGGCCCUGUGUCCACGACUCCCUGAGCCCCCCUCCUCCCAGCCUUCAUCACCACCAUCAUCAUCAUCGCCCGCCCCUCCCCCACCUGAGGAGGAACUGCCCUCUGAGCUGAAAGACCAUGAUGGCGUCACACUGGAGGGAGACAGCGACCGGCACAAUGACCAUGAUGAUGACAACGAUGAUGAUGAUGAUGAUGACGAUGACGAUGAUGAUGAUGAUGACGACGAUGACGAAGAGCUGGCAGUGGCGUGUGGUGAGGACUUCCAUCAGAAGCGUCUCUCCAUGGAGUCAGGUUACAGUCCCUCAGAGAAACACCUGGAGGAUGACGUGAUUGCUGUGGAGAUGAGGGAGCAACAACAGCAGCAGCCGGCGCAGCUCGACCAAUCAGAGCUCCCCUCUGAGCGUCUGUCCCUCCCCUCCUCGCAGACGGAGGGGAAGCUGGCCAAUCGGGACAGCGGCAUAGACAGCAUCAGUUCUCCGUCACACAGCGAGGAGCUGUGCUUCGCUGGUGUGGAUGAUGGGGGCGUGGCUUACCCGUGCAGUCCCGCCCUCCUGCCUCGCCUCUCCAGCUCAUCCUCGUACGCCGGAGAGGGAGGGGAGGGGGAGGAGGGAGAGGCACAGGGCGGAGCCAGGAGGAGGGAGUUCUCUGAGGAGGGAGACAGUGACUUAGAGGAGGAGGAGGCGGAGCUAACGCUGGUGCUGCCCCGACCCAAGACAGACAGACAGGACUCUGCUGAGCUGUCUGUCCAGCAGAGGGUCUUCAACAUCGCUAACGAGCUGCUGCACACAGAGAUCGCCUACGUCUCUAAGCUCCACCUACUGGACCAGGUUUUCUGUGCCCGGCUCCUGGAGGAGGCUCGGUCUCGCUCCUCCUUCCCCUGUGACGUGGUUCAGGGAAUCUUCUCCAACAUCUGCUCCAUCUACUGUUUCCAUCAGCAGUUUCUGCUGCCGGCGCUGCAGAAACGAAUGGAGGAGUGGGACUUGAACCCACGGAUCGGGGACAUCCUUCAGAAGCUGGCUCCCUUCCUGAAGAUGUACGGCGAGUACGUGAAGAACUUUGAUCGGGCCAUGGAGCUGGUGAACACCUGGAUGGAGAGAUCGGCUCAGUUCAAGGCCAUCAUCCAGGAGAUCCAGAGGGAGGAGCGCUGUGGGAACCUGACUCUGCAGCACCACAUGCUGGAGCCGGUUCAGAGGAUCCCUCGCUACGAGCUGCUGCUCAAAGAUUAUCUCCACCGACUGCCGGAGGACGCCCCAGACCACAGGGACGCCCAGAAGUCUUUGGAGCUGAUCGCCACGGCAGCAGAACACUCCAACGCUGCCAUCAGGAAGAUGGAGCGGAUGAGGAAGCUGCUGAAGGUGUACGAGUUGUUGGGAGGAGAGGAAGACAUCGUCAACCCGACGAACGAGCUGAUUAAAGAGGGACACAUCCUCAAACUGUCCAACAAGAACGGGACCACACAGGACCGAUACCUCAUACUGUUUAACGACAGGUUGCUGUACUGUGUCCCGAAGCUGCGUCUGAUUGGUCAGAAGUAUGGCGUCCGCGCUCGCAUCGAUGUGGACGGGAUGGAGCUGAAGGAGACCAGCAGUGCUGCUGUUCCCAGGACAUUCCUGGUGUCUGGAAAACAGAGAUCGCUGGAGCUGCAGGCCAGGACGGAGGAGGAGAAGAAAGACUGGAUACAGGCCAUCCAGGCGACGAUCCAGAGACACGAGCAGACGGUGGACAGCUUCAGACAUCUCAACUGUUCACUACGAGACGACGAGUCCACACCGCCUCACUCCCCGAGCUGUGUGGAGCUGGGAAAACGAGCUCCGACUCCAAUCAGAGAGAAGGAAGUCACUCUGUGUAUGAAGUGUCAGGAACCGUUCAACUCCAUCACCAAGAGACGACACCACUGUAAAGCCUGCGGACACGUGGUUUGUGGGAAAUGUUCGGAGUUUCGUGCUCGCCUUUCGUACGACAACAACCGCACCAACCGAGUUUGUGUCGACUGCUACGCCAUGCUGGUGGGGGUGUGCCCCUCGCCCGCCACGCUGAGCAGCAGCACCCAGAGGAGGCGCUCCAUCCUGGAGAAACAGGCCUCCCUGGCAGCAGAGAACAGUGUGAUUUGUAGUUUUCUUCACCACAUGGAGAAAGGAAGUGGGCGGGGCUGGCAGAAGGCCUGGUUCGUCAUCCCUGAGAACGAGCCACUGGUGCUCUACAUCUACGGAGCUCCGCAGGACGUGAAGGCGCAGCGCAGUGUCCCUCUGAUUGGCUUCGAAGUCUCCCUUCCUGAGCCAUGUGACCGCCUGGAGCGCCGCCACGCCUUCAAGAUCUCCCAGAGUCACCUGACCCUGUACUUCAGCGCCGAGGGGGAGGAGCUGCAGCGGCGAUGGAUGGAUGUCCUGCUUAGAGCCGGGAGGGGGGAGGAGCCUCAGAUGCACCGGCCAAUUGUGGAGAGUCUGGAGGAGGAGGGGGAGGAGCUAUUGGCUGCAGAGGAGGGGGAGAACACGUGAUUCUGUGGGACGACGAAGGAUGGGGAUGAUACAGAGCAAUCCUUAUUGGAAACCAUUAAAACCAGUACACAUACAGCCGAUAUCUAGCACAUACACACACGCACACACACACACACACACACACAUACACACUGCAUGAUUCAUCUUUUUUUUUCCUACCUGCGCUGUGACGCAGUGAGGUGGGCGGAGCUUCUUCUCCCACAGUAAAUCCUCACAGGAAACACUGUGUUUUUUCUCCCCUGAGUAUGGUCUUAAACACUACAGUACCCAUAAGCCUCAGCCACCGUUGCUACGGGGACACCACCACCCAGAGCUGUGACAUCAGAGUUGUAUCAUAUGAAGUGAAUGUGUGAGUUUAUCUGUCAGCAGUAAGAAGCUCUCUGAUUGGACGUUUCCUGGAACAUAAAGCACAUUUUCUCACCUACUGUCAGACGGUCUGUCAGCUGUCAGCGGUUACUGUGAGCUCCUGAUUUACCUUUAAAUACACAUUUAAACUGUCUGAGACCAGCGAGCGUCAGAAUCUGCAGGACGGUCACAAACACAACACAACUACACAUUCAGUCCGAUAUCUUCAUUUAUCUCUGAAUCGAUAUCAACUCCACAAACAUGUUUUUUCUUAUUUUACCUUUUUUAACAGCUGAGAUUAAAAUCUGUUUUUGUUGAGGGAGUCCUGGACAAGACGGACUGCAGUACAAACAAACGAUGAUGAACAGACACAAAACAAAAGAACAGAAAGUAUAAAACAUCCCAGUGAACAAAAUGCAGUACAGGCCGCACUUCCAAAGACUCCCAAAGAGCCUGUCUCUAGGUCCCUCAAAAAACAUCCACAGAAAUCAAAUCAUUAAGUUUUAAAACAUUCUGCAGAAUAUAUCUGGAACCCUUCUCCCAACAUCUGCUGCAGACAGCUAAUUCGUCCUGAGACUGAAGAGACGACGGUCCAGCAGCUUACGGUCAAAUAUGAAUACAGAGAUUAGAUAAAGAAACGUAUUGACCUCACAGUCUGAGAUCUGGACUCUGAGACUGAGACAUAAACGUGUAAAGACGUCAACAACAACGUCAACCUUCAUUAACCCCAAUGAAAACAUGAACGAGGAUAAACACACAGAAACACAUGCUGGAGUCAAUCUGGAUCAGAAGCUUCACAUCCCAGCCAGUUGCCCGAAAUCGCCCCUUACAAGAGAUUCAGCCCUGUUUUUAAAAGAUAAAGUUUAUUUUGAAACCUGUCAACAGGAAGUGGAGUUUAACUGUUGAACACGAAGAAUAAAAAGACCCAUGUGUCCCCUUUAAAUGCACUUGAAAGACAUUUUUAACCCCAAAUUUCCCCUGAAGAAGAAAAAAAACUGCUGCUUUGUGACCUCCGAACCUGCCAAUCAAAUCACCUGUCUGGAGGUAAACUACACUUCCCAGCAGCCUCUGCUCCGAGGCGUUCUACCUGAAGCCUCUCUGCCCUCUGCUGGUGAAGUCUGGUGCUGCAGGUUUUUAUAAAAUCACUGGGGCAGUUCAUCGCCAUCCUGCAGAAAUAUCAAGAAUCAUCGGUUUAUAUACUUAUUAUGAAUAUAUUUAUUUUAGAUCUCAGAGUUCAAACUGCAUCUUCAGUUCACAAAACGUAAAACAGGGAAACUGAAGUCCGCUGAUGUUUCAAGUUUACAACUUUAAGUCCAAAAAGAAACAAAAAAAAGACUUUAAAAUAGAAAUGUUUGACUUAGUAGCCUCAGAUUGUGUCUCUACAACUGAUGAAUUAAUAAAGAUAAUUUAACAGUACUAUUACCCUUUGACAUACGAGGUUUCUGCAGGAAUCUGAUGAUCUCUGCCCCAGAUGAUGAUGAUGAUGAUGAUGAUGAUGAAGGCGAAGGUUUUUUUUUUUUUUUUUUUUUUUGAGUUGGUUGUAAAAAGUUUGAGAAAGAGUUUUUUUUAAGAUGGACGGAGACAUGAAGAGGAUGCAGACUGGACUGUCCCCCUUCAUGUGAUCAGACGGACUCGGUGCGCUCUGUGUCCUGGAUGAAUCCAGCAAUUAGACGGAGCCGAUCUGAACUGAACCCAAAAGAAAAGACUUGAGUUGUUUUUAUGAUGUGGUCCAGUAUUUCUCUCUCUGUCUCUAUAAACACCUUUUGGACAAAGUGUUUUGAUAGUGAAAAUAUUAUUAUUAAUAUUAUUAUUAUUGUUAUUCUGAUGAAUCUAUCUGAUGCUAUGAUGAACUGAUAUUUCCGUGUUUAUGAGUCUGGGUUGUGUUUGAUGUUUGCUUGAUGCAAGUUGAUGCAAGAAGAAAACAAAGAGUAAAAAUGUUGUAAAUAUAAUUUAUUCUCCUGUGACCUCCCCGGUCAUGUGACUGUGUAAAGGUUAAAGGUUAAUGCUCGCUGUCCCUCCACGCUCUGCAGACCUCCACACAGCCAGAGCCAACCAGACGGCUGACAGCAUGAAGCUCAAAGGGACAGUCUGAUGUUUCAGUCAAUCCUCCUGUUCUUCAGAGUGCUAAGCUUGGCUAGAAGUUUCCCCCUACUUCCAGUCUUUGUGCUAAGCUAGGCUAGCAGGUUUCCCCUGCUUUGUGCUAAGAUAGCCAUAUGUUCACGCUAAACAAGUUUUGCAGUUUCUCCCUUCUUCCAGUCUUUUAUGCUAAGCUAGGCUUUACAUUUCCCCCUGCUUGCAGUCUCCUAGGAUAACAGUUUUCCCCUGCUUCCAGCCUUUGUCCUGAGCUAGGCCAAAAGUUUUCCCCUGCUUCCAGUCUUCAGGCUAAGCCAGGCUACUAGAAGACUCCCCUUCUUCUAGUCUUUGUGCAAAGCUUGUUUAGUAGUGUCCCCCUUCUCCCUGCCUUUGUGCUAAGCUAGACUAGCAGUUUUCCCCCUCUUCCAGUCCUUGUGCUAAGCUAGAUUAGCAGUUUCGCCCUGCUUCCACUCUUAAGGCUAAGCUAGGCUAGCAGUUUUCCCCUUCUUCCAGUCUUAGUGCUAAGCAAGGCUAGCAGUUUCCCUCAGCCUGCAAUCUUUAUGCUAAGCUAGGCUAGCAGUUUCCCUCAGCCUGCAGUCUUUAUGCUAAGCUAGGCUAGCAGUUUCCCUCAUCCCUCAGCCUGCAGUCUUUAUGCUAAGCUAGGCUAGCAGUUUCCCUCAGCCUGCAGUCUUUAUGCUAAGCUAGGCUGACCUCAUCCUGGAUCUGCGGAGAUGACACUGAAGUGAAACAUGUGACUCUUGAGUUAAAACAUGUUUUAAAAAUGUUGAACUCUUCCUUUAACUUCAGGCCUCUGUCACAUGGUGCUCAGUCUGUGUGUGGCUCUGGUUGUCACAGCGUGUGUUUGGCGUGUUCUUGGCGUGUAAAGCAGACUCCAGUGGUGUGUCGUCCUCUCCUCCCUCACUGGGAAUGGAAGGAAAUGGCCAGUAACUCAGCCUUAUCGUUCCCAUCAUCACCAGUUGUCUCGAUGUGGUGAAAAUGUUUUCAAUUUCAAUCUGAGUGACUCGUGUUGAGCAGGUGUCGAUUAUUUUGCUUCUCGUAUGAGAUUUAUUUUCUUUCUGUUUUCAGAGACUUUUGCAGACUGGUUCCAGUCCUGACUGGUUCUUACUGGUUCUGAGCGGUUCUGACCAGUGUGUGUUCAGUACAGUUGAACAGUGGUGUGUUGUAUCAGUCCAGUGUGCACUUUUCUCUCCGUGUGCCAACGCACGUAUUCACAACUAUCCAGUAUUCAGUAAACAGAGCCUGUGAAGUUGUCGGCUAUUAUAUCAGAUUAUGUGUUUAAAUAUUUCUUGUUGUUACUUUUGGGAUGGAUAUCAGUUUAUAUCACCAGUUACAGUCUCUUACACCAGUUUAUAGCCAGUUGCAGUCUCCUACAUCCGUCUGAGCUGGUUAUAACUAGAGAUGAGCGUCAUUAAAAUAUGAAGGCUACACA